AUGGAUUCGUUCACCGACAACUUUGCCAUGGAAUCCUCCUUCGACAGACAUGUCGCUGCCGUGAUGGGCUUCGAAGUGAUGCAGAACUGCCACGUGUCACUCGAUAGAGCCGAAGAGUGCGACAAAGCGGAGGAGGAGGUCGAUCUGUUCGGAAACGGACUGUGGGAGGACGAGGCCCCGAAGCCCACGUACGACUCGGACUCGGAACCGGACAAUUUCCGAGAGAUUUCGUUCUUCGGUCGGCCGCACGAUGCUCUGGUCUUCGAGAACGGAGAAGGAUCCAGCCCAUUCCUCUCGUUCGGAGAGUCCGAUGAUUCGGACAAAUCAUCUGUCGAAUUGUCGGAUUCGGACAUUGAGCUCCCGCUGCCACAGUUCUUCAGCCCGCUGGAGACGUCCACUCCGAUCCCACAAGAUCUCGAUGCUUCGCAAGAAUGGGAAGAGGCCGAGUGGGGACCGCCCAUCCGACACGUCUGCACUUUGUUGGGAGAGUUCUACGACGAGGAGAACGACGUUUCCUCUGCCUACCCCGAUGAUGAUGGCCAAGGAUACUCGGAUGAGUAUUCAACUCAUGUCGAAACGGAAGCUUCUGAAAUGGAACAAGAAGAACGAAGACCGGUCCGUCCAGUCCGCCGUCGCGUUGCCCCGCCCAAAAGGAUUCCGGAUUAUGGGCAGACUUGCCAAAUCCCGGGCCGGGCCGGGCCAGCAAAUCGUCGGCCCGGCCCGGCCCGGUCGGCCCGGCUCCGCCCACUCUUGAGAAAAUUUUCGUAA